UGUUUGCGAGCAAAUUCUCUAAGCGGUAGAUGCUGGGAUCAAUGGCUGGCUAACCUUUAUAGGCUCCUCAUCGGUAAGUAAUCAAAAGAGAGGCAACAUGCCUCAAACCAACGGUGACCAUCCGGACACGGCGAGCCUGCUACAAGAGAUCUUGCAGUCUGUGCGAUCACUCAAGCAAGACCAAGUGCAACUUGCAUCCACCGUGGAAGCCAUCAAUGGCCGCGUCAAUGUACUGGCCGGCGUCAGGCAGUCGCAGGACGGCAUCGCCCACGAUGUCAUGCUUCCAAGCCCAAGGAUCUCUGCAAUGCCGGGCAGUCCCAGGAUACCGCCACGGCUACGGGAGAGUUCGAUAGAUGGUUACGGCACGAAUCCUGACGCUCGCCAUGCAACUUCCGCAUCGCCCCCGGCUCGACGGACGAGUAUAGCCACGUCCAAGAUCAUCCUCACCACCCAUCCGGGGCAAGCUGGCGUUGAUCCCGUGCCUCUUGAUUGGGGGAGCGCAGAUCUCCGCAAACGUGGUCCAGUCGUGGUCUCCCGCAGUUCCAGUACGAUCCGUCGAAGGAACGCUGUCGGCGCUCACGGCGGCAGCUACAGCAUCUACUACGCCUUAGCCGUCGCCUCCCAGCAGAUCAACACCGAUCAUAAGCCCGACUUCACCAACACCGAGCCCGCCGUCACCAUCGGACCCUUUCCAUCCUGGUCCGACCCCAAGAAGAUCGUCGCCAUGGAUCCUCUCGGUCACCUCGCCCCUUGGCUGUACAAAGACAUUAUAGACAACGAAGGUGUCGAAAUCAGACCCACUAUCGCCGUGACCCGCGCUCACAUGAAGAUUCCCGAAUUGGAAGACAGUGUCCGCCAAGGCCGACUGGUACCCGAUGGCAAGAUCUGCCUCAACGCAACAGGCGAGCUGAAUGUAACCAAGUUUGCCGUUGAACCUGUCUGGUACCUCCCCGGUGUGGCAGCUCGCUUCGGCAUCGACGAAGGGACCUUACGACGCUCACUGUUCGAACAUACCGGCGGCUCAUACCCCGAACUCAUCACGCGCAAUGAUAUCAAGGUCUUCCUCCCACCCAUCGGUGGCCUUACAGUCUACUGCUUCGGCGACCCGGCCAAGAUGUCCGAUCCUAACGUCAAGCUCGCUCUACGUGUCCACGACGAAUGCAACGGCUCCGACGUCUUCGGCUCGGACAUCUGCACCUGUCGUCCCUACCUUAUCUUCGGCAUCGAAGAAGCGGUCAAAUGCGCGCAAGCCGGUGGAUCAGGCGUAGUCAUCUACUUCCGCAAAGAAGGUCGCGCGCUAGGUGAGGUGACCAAGUAUCUUGUCUACAACGCCCGCAAGCGUGGGUCGGAUAAGGCGAGUGAGUACUUCAAGCGGACGGAGAAUAUUGCGGGCGUGAAGGAUAUGCGGUUUCAAGCUUUGAUGCCGGAUAUUCUGCACUGGCUAGGGAUUCAGAAGGUCGACCGAAUGUUGAGUAUGAGUGAUAUGAAGCACGAUGCUAUCGUUGAGCAGGGCAUUCCUAUCUUGGAGCGUGUGCCGAUUCCUGAGGAGCUCAUCCCGGAGGAUUCGAGGGUGGAGAUUGAUGCGAAGAUACAUGCUGGGUAUUUCACUACAGGCAAGGUCAUGACCAUGGAAGAACUGGAGAAGGUGCAUGGGCGGGCUUGGGAGGAUGUGGAUCAUUGAACGAUAACGCCUUGUACAAGAGCGAGGAUAUCUGGCG